UGUGUCUGAGAGCCGUAGUUUGAUAUGGUUUGACUUGUUGCCUCCAGCAGGACUCGUUGAAGGCGCACGCCAGCCAGCGUUUUCAUUUCUGUGGGCCCACAAUCCACAGCAAUGGAUGAAUACUGAACCAGAGUGUGAAGUAUCACCACGGACGGUUAAGUUAGUUUGCUUGUUUUUGUUUUGUUUAGGUUAUUACCUGUAGGUCAGUUUUACCUCAAAAGUUGUGUAGCUGGAUAAUGCAGCAGAUUAAGUUAGGCAGAAUGCGGGCGAAACAAGAAAUGCGUAAAAGCGGAUGAAGUGGAAAUGAGGAAACCUGUGGCAUGAGGCUGAGAAUGUGGCGGGGACACCACGGAGCAACGCAGUUGCAACUUUCCUGAGUGUGGAAGUUUGAAGAGGACGCAACAAGAGCUGAAAGUGUGAAUGUUGCACGCUGGGUCGGUCCUGCUAUAUGAAACAGUUCAGUCAUUUGGCUUAAAUCAAACUAUAUUAAUAUACAUUAAAUGCUCGUUCAUCUUAAGACAAUUCCAACGUUUACAAAGCAAAAAAACAUUGGACAACUUACACCUUUUUUAAUUAUCUGACAGCCACCUCCCGUUAGUUCCGUUUUCCUUCAUUUUUGCAAUUGUGAUUCCCGAAGUGGCUCCAAAGUGGUGUUGCGGCUCCUCGUCCCCGGCGGAUCCGGAGAUUGGAGUCUCUGCACCGGGAGGAGGCGGAGUCGCAGCUCCGGCCACACCGUUAGCUCCAAAGAGCGGUCGCGUCAAGAGGAUGGUGCGGCUGGCGGCGGAACUUCUGCUGCUCCUGGGACUUCUGCUGCUUACUUUGCACAUCACAGUGCUGCGGAGCAAUCCGCUGCCUCAAGGAAAUGUAACUGUGAGCCUGGAUCAGGACACAACACGUUCAGAGCAGAAAAACAUAAAUGCCAGAAGUAGCUCUUCUGUCCAGCUUGCUUAUGAAGACCGGAGGUCUGGUCCAGAGCACCGGUUGGCCUCUCAGCCUGCUACCCUCCCCUGGGCACAAGGCAGCAGUGUACACAAGGAUGGCCCUGGAGCUUUCCUCCUAGAUCUGCACAAUUUCCCAGACCUCUCUAAAGCUGAUAUCAAUGGACAGAAUCCCAACAUACAGGUAACCAUUGAAGUGGUGGAUGGACUGGAGGUUCAUGAACCAGAGAAAGGGCUCCGAAAGGAGAGAAAACCCAACUGGGCCUCUCCAAACUGGAGAAACUGGUGGCCUCACACUUCUUCAUCCUCCUCUUCUUCAUCCACUCUUCAAACAGAUGAGAACGAUCGCUCCUACGGGAGCAAAACUGAAGACAGCAACUUCCUCAGGCCACCGGUAGACUGGGACAGGAAGGGAAGCAAAGCUCAAACUGAAUAUGACUACAUGGAUGGAGAAGGGGACUGGAGUAACUGGUCAGCAUGCAGUGUCACCUGUGGAAAUGGCAACCAGAAGAGAACCAGGUCUUGCGGUUAUGCCUGCACAGCCACGGAGUCCAGAACUUGCGAUAUGCCCAACUGCCCAGGUAUUGAAGAUGCCUUCAAGACAGCAGCUACUGAAGUGAGCCUGUUGGCUGGAACAAACGAGUUUAAUGCAACUGAGUUGUUUGGUGUUGACACAGACAGCUGUGAGCGAUGGAUGAACUGCAAGAGUGAUUUCUUGAAGAAGUAUAUGACCAAAGUGGCCAAUGAUCUUCCCAGCUGCCCUUGCUCCUACCCAACUGAGGUGGCUUACAGCACAGCAGAUGUACACGAUGCUCCCACACGCAGAGAUUUCCGCUGGAAAGAUGCCAGUGGGCCGAAAGAGAAGUUGGAGAUCUACAAGCCCACAGCCCGUUAUUGCAUCCGCUCCAUGCUGACCCUUGAGUCCACCACGCUGGCCGCGCAGCACUGCUGCUACGAUGACAACAUGAAGCUCAUCACUCGCGGCAAAGGUGCCGGCACACCCAACCUCAUCAGCACAGAGUUCUCGGCUGACCUGCACUAUAAGGUGGACAUCCUGCCCUGGAUCAUCUGCAAAGGCGACUGGAGCCGCUACAACCAGGCCAGGCCACCAAAUAAUGGGCAGAAGUGUCCAGACAAUCCUCAGGAUGAGGACUACUACAAACAGUUUGAAGAAGCCAGGGAAUUCUAGCCCAAUGUGAAAGAAAGGAUUAAAACUGCUUAAAUGUUCAGCUAAACCUCAAAAAUAUUAUCUUAGGUCACAUAAGACAUGAACUUUUAGGCUCUGAGAAAAAACUUAUUUGAACAAAACAAUAACAAUCCAACGCAGUCAGAACCCUUGCAUGCUUAAAUGCAACUUUUUUUCUGACUUCAUGUAAAGCAGGCACAAAACAUUGAUUUCUUUUUUAAAGGUUUUUAAAAUGUAAUAUGCCUCUACUAAUUUUACUGCACGCCUUAACUCAGAUUUAGUCACUAAAAGGGAGAAAUGACUCAUAUUCUUAAAAGGGAAAUUCAUUUUUGUCAAGAUGUCCAUUUAGAUUGUCUCUCUUUAGAUUCUUUAUGUUUGGUGAACCUGUGGGGCUUGUGGUAAUAGAAUAAUGAGAUCCCUCUGGAAUGUGCUGGAGGAAAGAGGGACAGAGAAUAGGGUUGCCCGGCUUUCCUCGUUUUGUCAAACACAAUGUCCAGGUUUUCAUGUAAGCUUGUGAAUAUGUUUAUUUAGCAUGCACAUCAUUUUUUUAUUUUUUUUUAUUCAUUUACCCCUGUAAUUUAACUUUGCCACUUGUGUGUCUGAGGCAGUUCUUCAUUGUAAAAAGCCUGCAUUAUUUUUUGUAAAGUAUUUAUUAAGUUGUAGUUGUGUCCAGGUCGGGUGUCUGUGACUGUGGCUGUCAUUUUGAAUGCUAACUUGAGAUUCCUCUCUUGUUCAUGAGUAGCCAUCAUUGUACGUAUCUAUGUCUGAAGAUAGGAAUAAGCCUGCAUAGAGCAUAACGAAUGUGUGAAUUCAAAUGUAAGGAAAGAUUUUUGAGAUAUAAUUCUAUAAAUAAAAUUUUAAAACGUUAA